GCUGUCACGGAUCUGCGCGUGGCCAUGACCGGCAUGAUAAAGAACCGGACGGCUUUUCGGCGAGGAAAACGGCUAAUGGGCGAAAGAUGAGGAGAAAAACAAUAGCAAAGCGCAUCCUGUACAAUGGAUACGAGGGAUACGAAGAGACACCCGAAGAAACCGGCGCGAGGGCGAACCACGUCCUCGGUCAAGAGCCGGCGAAGAGGAGAAAAUGGAGAGAACUAAAUGGAGAGGACAUCUCAUCUUGCAAUGCUGACUACAUUAAGUUCAAAACAAAGGCUUUUGAGGUUGACAAGCCCCUUGGAGAUGCAACAAGGGGUGCAGAUUUUACUAUGGAGGUGCUCGGAAGUCUCCAAUCACGUUCAAGGGCGGAGCUUAUUGCCAUGGUGUUGACUAUGCAGAGGGAGAUGGACGGCCUUCGAGAGCAAAUCAGAAGCCUUACAGCUUGUGGGAAGUUGGCUCAGACACUUGAAGAGCUGAUCGAGAAGAGUGAUAGAUGGCUGUGCAGCAGCCACAAAGCUGCAACUCCCAGCAUUCCAGAGGAGCUCGAGAGAAGCAGGCCACCCAGUCACAUUUCUCCUCCAAGGGUGCUUAGUGGAAGAACAGCUGAAUGUGCAAGUUCAGAGCAGCAGGGGUGUGGUCAGUAUGAGGUCACACAAACAAUGCCUCAACGGAAUGGAACGCUUCCCGAACAAAAAGUUAUCACUGCUGAUCUCCUGGAGCGCUGUAACACAGGGACCACCGCUCAGAAACUCACCAAUGACCUGCUGCGCAGCCUCUACGACAGAGACUGUCUGGCCUCUCACUCAAUCUUAGGCAUCGUCAACAGCAAGCAAGGGAUGCCUAAACCAGCUCUUCCAGCACAUGAGAUCCAGGCCAUUCUGAGGACAGUGCAGCGGUUCUUCCCCGGAAAGACUGAUUCGGAAAUAAAGGGCUACAUACGACAGAAGCUUCAGAAUGAGGCCAAGAGGCUUCGGAAAAGGCCACACCCAGCUGAUGAUCCAUUGAUUCUGUUCGUAGAAGCUUAUCGAAUCGGCUGCACGAAAACGCACACGUUUUUUGCCUUUCCAGACAGAAGCACGCAGGCUCCUGAAGGCCAACGGCUGUGUGAGUAAAUUAACCCCGCAUUCACCAGCUGUAUCACCGCACCCACCCCUUUCUGGGGAAAAAACACAUCACCGAACACAUGGCACAAAGGACGGCGUGGGAACUGCAUAUGGUACAUAAUC